CGUUUUUUUAUUUAGUAGUGAAGCCGCUGCUCGCUCCAGUCCAGCAGGAGGCGGAAGUGCGGUCUUACAGCGACUACAACAAAGAUGGCGUCUCCCGUAGAACACGAGGAUUCGUGUCAACAAAAGGAUGAAGAGGAGGAGGAUGAAGAGGAACCCAAAGCGCCUCUGAUCAGAGACACACCAGAAGACAUCAAACUAGAGGCCAUCGUCAACACCAUCGCGUUUCAUCCCAAACAAGACAUCUUAGCAGCUGGAGACAUCGAUGGAGACAUCUACCUAUUCUCAUACUCCUGCACUGAAGGAGAGAACCGAGAGCUGUGGUCAUCGGGACAUCACCUGAAGUCCUGCAGGAAAGUGCUGUUCUCCGGCGAUGGACAGAAGCUCUUCAGCGUCUCUAAAGACAAGGCGGUUCACAUCAUGGACGCGGAGGCCGGGAAACUGCUGACGCGCAUCCCUAAAGCUCACAGGGCUCCCAUCAACGCUCUCCUGCUGGUGGACGAGAAUAUAUUUGCGACGGGCGAUGAUGAGGGAGCGCUGAAGGUCUGGGACCUGAGGAGCGGCACGUCGUUCAUGGAUCUGAAGCACCAUGAGGAUUAUAUCAGUGAGAUCACCAUCGAUCAGGACAAGAGGACCCUGCUCACCUCCAGCGGAGAUGGCUCUUUGGGAGUCUUCAAUAUAAAAAGACGAAGAUUUGAGCUGCUUUCAGAGUUCCAGAAUGGAGAUCUUACGUCUGUUUGCAUCGUGAAAAGAGGCCGGAAGGUGGUCUGUGGAUCCAGCGAGGGCAAGCUAUACAUCUUUAACUGGAACGGUCUCGGGGCCACCAGUGAUCAGUUUGCUCUUCAGGCUGAGUCUGUGGACUGUGUCGUACCGAUUACUGACAGCAUUCUGUGUGCCGCCUCCGCCGACGGCGUCAUCCGAGCCGUGAGCGUCCUGCCGAACCGCGUGCUGGGCAGCGUGGGUCAGCACCUGGGCGAGUCCAUCGAGGAGAUGGCCAGGUCCAGAGACACGCACUUUCUGGCCAGCUGCGCUCACGACCAGCUCGUCAAGUUCUGGGAUAUCUCCAGCUUGCCGGACAUGAGAGUCAGCGACUACCGGCGGAAGAAGAAGAAAGAUAGACGCCUCAAAGCUCUGAGCAACAAAGCUUUCGAUACGGGACAAGAUUUCUUCGCUGGCCUUUUAGACUCAACUGAAGAACACGGAAAAAAACAAGAAGAGGAAGAGGAAGAGGAAGAGGAAGAGGAGGACGACAGCGACAGUGGAAGUGACUGAAAAUACUUUCACAACAACUCCUGCAAUAAUAUCACCAUUGGUAUAUUUCAUGUCUAUUUUCUGGAACAGUAUGUAUUUGUAUGAUAGGUCUACAUAUCUUUAGAAACCAUGCAGUACUGUCAUAUUAUUUGUUCAUAAUUAAUCUCAAAGAUGUAACAAAGUUCAUUAAUUAAACAGACAGUAUUAGAAACAAAAAAA